AUGACAGAUUACCCAGAAAACGAAAAGGUUGUCGAUUCCCACCGAAGCGCAAGCCAGAUCGCCGCCGCCUCCGAUGUUCUUCUCGAUACCGACCUUGGCGAUCUCCCAUCCCUAGUGUCCAAGGUCACUUUGAACGACAUCCUUGAAAUCACUUCUGAGGCUCAAGUCAACAUGGCCGAAACUGUCGAGGUUGUUGCAUCUAACGUUGACAUCCACAAGACAAGUCACAAGGGCCCUAAACACAGAAAGUCAAAGCAUGUGAGCUUCGAGGUACCUGAGCCUGUUAAGAAGCAAGAUCUGUCGCCCUACGAGCAGUACUUGGCUUGGGUCGAUGACAGGGUAGAAAGAUUGCUGAAAAGUCUUCAUACUUUGUCCGUUAAUGGCAUCUUGGUGCUAGAGACUACGCACUUGCCCGCAACCUCGGUGUUGAAGCCGCCGCGGUUGAAGUAA